AUGAGCAAACAAUAUAUAGGUUAUGAAGCCAUUAAUGCAUGCUUCUGUGAUGCAAUCGACACCAUAAACACUUACCCUCAUUUUCUUUUAAAGUUGCAAGAUGUUAUCUUAGAGUCUCCACCAUUUACUGAAGAUUGGGGUGGACUUGAUGGAAUAUGGUACGAAAGAUAUAUAAGGGAAGCAAAAAAUUCUAAUAAAAAAAGACAUCCACAUGUGUCUAUGAAAUCAUUUUUUGAAAAUAUCAUAUGGGAACAUAAAAAGCGAAUGGUCCAGAAUCAUUACAUGAUGUCCAGCAUAGACAUAUUAGAUGAAGUGCGAAAAUGUGGUUCUCAAGAAAUAAUUUCAGAUAUUGAAGAAGCUAUUAAAACAAAAUCUACAAAAGGACAUUUUAAGAACAGUGGAGCUAAUAAAAAUUCUGCAAGUUCAGAAAGAAUGCUUACACCAGAGUGCACUGAUGAUGACAACCUUAAAGAGAUGACUGCAUUAGAUUAUGAAAAAUAUAAAAAAGCCUAUGCUAAAAUGAAUAAUGAAAAGAAAUGGAUGCUUACAACUGGAAAGAUUAUAGAAGAUGCUCUUUACAAUUUCAGCUUGCAUUGCAAAUAUGAACACUUUGCUCAUUCCUUUGUUCUGAACCCUGAAGACAAUACCUAUCUGAAAGAGAAUGUUUUUACUGAGAAUGAAUUACAAGAGAUUCGUCAUUUUAAAACCAAGGAAAUGCCAUUAAUGCCUCUUGAAUUGUUGAAAUACUUGAAUAGUUUCAACCUUAAAACUACUUUGGAACUCCGGAAGCAAGUGUUUAGGCAUGAGCAAAUGGAUGAUGAUUUCAAUAGAUUAAGAGAUUUUGACCGAGAUUGGAUACACAACACAGUAUACAAUUUGUAUGUAACUAAUUUCAUUUCAAAGAUUUUGGAUUCUAAAUUUCAACUCUCAUUACUUUCAUUUCACAGAUUGCAAGAAUAUAAAUCAAAUAAUUUGGCAUCAAACCAUUUAGAGCUGUGGUUCCUCAUCCAUGUUUGGAGUUUCACUGACAAAAUUUUCAAUGAUAUUGAGGGAAUUGAUGUAGUAAGAGGAGGGUCAUGUAGCUUGUCAUCAUCAACAAGAAAAAAUCAGGAAAGAACUGUGGCUGCAGUAGUGGAUACAAAAAAAAAUGCUUAG